AUGGCAGGUCUGAAAGACGAUGAAUGCAGAACAAAAUUCCGCCAACGUGUGUCUAUUCAUGUUGGAGUACGGACCAGGAAGAAGCUUAGCGAUACGGACUCCUUCACGAAGUGCUUCCAGGACGCUGCAAGGGAAACGCUCCCGGUUCUAUUGCCGCGGAAGAAGUUUGCCUUUGCAUCUGCGGAAACAAAAUCCAUAUACAAUUCUGUAUGUGUCGCGCGCAGCGCUGGUGACUUCAACCAGGGAAAGCGCCUUAGAAGGAAGCUGCGUCGUCAACUGCAGCAAGACCGCGAUGACGAGUGGACGUCAAGAGCGAUGGAGUUUGAGAAGGCGUGGGAGGAUAGGAAAGAGAGAGAAAAACCCGCGGAAAGCCUAUGCUCUACUAAAAGAGAACACUUCAAGACCUUACUGAACCGGCCAGCACCGUCAGCUCCUCAACUCGAACAUGUUCAUAGACCGACAUAUGCGGUUAACGAGGAGCCACCGACCGUGUCGGAGGUCCUAGUCUGUAUUCAAAAAAUGAAGAAUGGAAAAUUUGGCGGAGACGACGGGAUUAGCGCAGAAAUGCUAAAAUAUCUUCCUCCGUCUGGGAUUCGUGAGAUGACAAAGAUCAUCCGUUCAAUAUGGGUAGACGAAAGGAUACCUGAUUCGUGGAGACACGCUAUCAUAAUUCCCUUCCACAAGAAGUUAUCCGUCACGGACCCCAGGAAUUAUCGAGGAAUUUAUUUGCUGCGUGUUAUGUACAAGGUAUUGAAGCGCAUUAUCCUGGACCGACUCAUUAAACAUCGCGAAGAAACAACGCGCGACGAGCAAGCUGGCUUUCGUCCUGGCCGAUCUACGAUUGACCAGGUGUUCAUCGUCAGGAGUGAUCGAAAUCUGGCAGCGGUAUUCGAAGCCAAUGCAACUAGCGUUUCUGGACUUUGA